AUGGCUUCUUUUUUCUUUAUAUCUCUUGUUUUCUUCUUCUUCAUAGGAAUUAUUGAACUUGGAAAUGCAAAAUUUCUUAGUGAUUUUCAUUUUAAAGAGCAAAAAUUGAAUAAUCCAACAGUGUAUGUUGAUCCAUAUGGACAUGGCAAUUUUCCAACUAUUCAAUCAGCCAUUGAUUCUGUCCCUCAAGAUAAUCAAAAAUGGAUAUGUAUUAUCAUCAAACCUGGACAAUAUAGGGAACAAGUGAAAAUCCCUAGAGAGAAGCCAUAUAUUUAUCUAAAAGGAGAAGAAAAUGGAAAAAUCAUUGUAACUUGGGAUGCCCAUGACUCAAUUGCUACUGAUGCUACUUUCACUACUGAAGCUAACAAUACAAUUGUGGAAAAUAUCACAUUCAUAAAUUCUUAUAAUUAUCCUCCAAAAAGCAACAAUAAUCCAAGGGUGAUGGCAGUGGCAGCCAUGAUUGCUGGUGACAAAUCUAUAUUUUACAAGUGUGAAUUUCUUGGAUUUCAAGACACAUUAUGGGAUGUUGAAGGAAGACAUUAUUUCAAACUUUGUACCAUUGAAGGAGCUGUUGAUUUCAUCUUUGGUAAUGGUCAAUCUAUUUAUGAGAAUUGUACAAUAUCAGUAAAUGCAGGAGCUUUAGAUGGAUUAAUAGGGUACAUAACAGCACAAGGAAGAUCAAACCCUAAUGAUACAAGUGGAUUUGUGUUCAAGAAUUGUAAUGUGACUGGAAAUGGACAAAUUUUCUUGGGUAGGCCAUGGAGAGACUAUGCAAGAGUUUUAUUCUAUGAUUCCUCCAUGGCUAAUGUCAUCACUCCUCAAGGUUGGGAUGCUGGACUCUUUGUUGGCAAAGAGAAACAAUUAACAUUUGCUGAGGGAAGUUGCAAAGGAAUAGGAUCAAGCAUUUCAAAAAGAGUGUCAUGGGUAGCAAAAUUGAGCCAACAAGAGUUACAACAAUUAACAAGUAUCUCAUUCAUUGAUAAUGAGGGUUGGAUGACCAAACAACCCUUGAAAGUACUUCAAUAGUUUAAUUAGACAUUAUUUUACUUUAAA